AUGUACGACAAAGUCGUCUCGUUAGGCUCGCGCCUGCAUUAUCCCAUCACAAUUACAAAGCUUCUCAAGUCACCGGGAGACUCUAUAAAAAAGCAAGAAACCAUUAUCGAAUACAAGUUUACUUGGCGGCGGAAAGUAAGCGACGAUGAAUGGGUUGACGAAACAACAUAUACCGAAUACGACAGCCCUGCAGAGGGCAAGUUGAAGGAAUGGCGAAUCAAAGAAGGCAUGGUCAUCAAUGCCGACACACCAUGCAUGAUGGUGGAAGAGGCUUGCGGUCACGAGGUGCAAAUCCAAGGUCUCUGUAGCCUUUGCGGCGCUGAUAUGACCGAAUUCAAUUGGGCCACCGAAGAGAGGGACACUGACCGCGCUAUGAUCAACAUGACCCACGACCAAACCGGCUUGAUGGUUAGCGAAAGCGUCGCGAUGAAGGCAGAGCAUGACACGCAGAAGCGCCUUCUGCGUCAGCGCAAGCUGAGCCUCGUCGUCGACUUGGACCAGACCAUUAUUCAUGCAUGUAUAGAGCCAACAAUUGGCGAGUGGCAAAAAGACACUUCGAAUCCCAAUUACGAGGCUGUCAAAGAUGUCAAAAGCUUUCAACUCAAUGAUGAUGGACCAAGGGGUUUGGCUAGUGGCUGCACCUACUACAUCAAGUUGAGGCCUGGCUUACAAGAAUUCCUCGAAGAGGUCUCGUCAUUAUACGAAUUGCAUGUGUACACUAUGGGUACACGUGCGUACGCACUGAAUAUUGCGCGGAUUGUCGACCCAGAUAAGAAGCUCUUUGGCAAUCGCGUCAUCAGUCGAGACGAGAACGGCAGCAUAACUUCAAAGAGCUUACAGCGACUAUUUCCAGUCAGCACCAACAUGGUUGUUAUUAUCGAUGAUCGCGCUGAUGUGUGGCCGCGAAAUCGGCCAAACCUUAUCAAGGUCGUGCCUUACGACUUCUUCAAGGGUAUUGGCGACAUCAAUUCUAGCUUCCUGCCGAAGCGGACAGACAUUUUGCCAGCACCUCCCCAGUCCAAUGGCGCACUGUUGGCUCCCAAUAACAGUAACGGUUCAAACGGCGCACAGACUGAUGGGAAAACAUCACCUUUGGAAGAAAUAGCAAGAAUGAGUGGAGCAGAUGACGAAGUUAGCCUCAAGAUUCAAGCAGAAGAGCAGGAAAAGACGCUAGAGAAGCAAUUGACAGACCGGCCAAUGCUGCACAUGCAAGAAGAACUGGACAAGGAAGACGAGCUUUCAGCUCAAGACCCGCAGACAGGCGGAUCAUCCCCGAACCACCCCAGACAGCAUUUACUAAGCGAUGACGACGAAGAGCUUAUUGCUCUACAGGAUCAUCUUACCGACCUCCAUUCAUCCUUUUACGAAACCUACGACAGGAGAAGAGAAGAACGACGACAGUCAGAGCCCACACACCCUCCAGGGCACAGCAAGCCGCGACGAAAAUCGUCAGUUGAUGAUGGCGUGGACUUGUCCAUGGUGCCCGAUGUUGGUGAUAUCCUCGACGAAUUGAAGUCAAAUGUCUUGUCUGGACUGGUUAUUGUUCUGUCCGGCCUGGUACCUCUUGGCGUCAAUAUCGAAGAUUCCGAGAUUGGGAUGCAAGCACAAAGUUUUGGUGCCCAAGUACUGGAUAGUGUGUCACGCCGCGUCACACAUUUGGUUGUAUCGCUGGCUCGACCCAGAACAAAAAAGGUGCAACAAGCCGCCAAGAUUCCGAGCAUCAAAAUUGUUAAUCACAAUUGGCUGAUCGACUGCCUAAGCCAAUGGCGCCGAUUGGACGAGCGACCAUAUUACCUCAACAUUGCAGCAGACCGCGAACGAUCCGAUGAUACCACAGAGCCCACAUCAGAAGCCGAGAAUGCAGAGACGGAAGCAAGAAACCUGAAGGAUUUUGAUUGGGCCACGGCAGACAAGGAUCUGGAAGAGUUCCUCGGCACUGACAAUGACGAUGAUGAAGACGAGGACGAGGAGGAAGAGGGAGAUGUCGACAAUGACGACGUUGAGAGCGGUGCUGAGGGUGACAACGAUGGUGACACGGACAGUUCUGGAACCGAUAGCCCAGAAAAGAAGGGCAAAAAGCGGAAACAACCUGCCGAAGGAGAUGAGUCAGAUGGCGACGGACCUAGUAUUGCGGGCGAAAGCAUAUUGGCCAAGAAGCAACGCCUUUCCCGUAACCGUGGAGCGUCGGGCUUGAGAGCUGUACGAACGCCGAAUGGAGACGAUGUCGAAGAAGAGGGCAGCAGCCUACCAACACCGGUGCCAACUGGCGACGAGUCAAUUGUCAAAAGCGACAAGGCAGCUGCCAUUGAGCCAUCACAGGACGAACAAGGGGAUAUAGAUGAUGACGAGCUGGAGAGGGAACUUUUGGCGGAACUGGAGGCGGCAGAUGAUUGA